AUGAUGAAACAAGCGGUUGAAGACUAUGAGGACACCAGGAAUUCCCAAGCAGAUUCACACCAUAGUGGAAACACUAAUGAAGACGAUCGUUAUGGAAUACUACCUGGUAUCAAUCGGGCAGACGUUGCAGACGAGGAAGAAGAUGCUGAAGACUUGGGCGGCGUCCUCAGGUCCACGGCGUCACGGAUCUAUGCCAACUUGAAGAAGGUGAAGCAGCCGCCGGUCUCACCCGGCGGGAGCCUGGUGAGCUUCAUCAGCUCCAUCUUCAGCACGACGCCCAAGAACGCGAAGAGGUCCGAUCACACCGAGGCAAACCUCGAGAGGAAGUUAAGGUCGGGCGAAGCUUCCUCUUCCACUUCUGCCUCUUCCACUGCUCCUUCGCUCUCGAGGCCGUGCCUAAGCAAGAGCACGCCCUCGACGCGACAGCGGUUACGCAACGGGGCCAAGAGGACGGUCGGUUUCUACCCGGUUAGCGUCAUCGUUGAUGAGGAUUGUAGACCCUGCGGCCACAAAUGCCUACGUCAAGAAGGAGGAGGAGGAGGAGGAGGAGGAGAAGAACAGAGCAGCUCUGUUUCUCUCUCGGUGCCAACAGCUUGGAGAAUCGGGAAAUCCCAGCCUAGAGAAAGCGACCCAGAUUGGAGUUUGUAUCUGAAAGAUCUGUUGAUGGAGAAGAGCAGGCGAUUCGAAGAGAGCGCGAGAGAGUUGCUGGGAGAUUAUGGAGAGAAUCAGAAGCAGGGUUUUGAGUUGAGGGGUCAUUGUGAAAAAGAAGUAGAAGAAGAAGAUGACGACGACGAUGACGAUGAUGGUGGGGCGAGUUUUUGGAGCUCAGAUCUGUCCGAGCUCAACCAUCUUGCAGCGACUAACGAUAAGUACAAUGCAGAGCUUCUUGUGCAUGACACGGCUUAUUUCGAUAAGCGUCGGGUCAGUUUUAAGGAGUACAGAUUAUGGGCGGGUGGUGAAGGACGGGCAGGCGCGGCGGUGAGCAACGGUGGCAUGCCAAUUACAAGUGAAUAA